CCUCGCGAAUCGAUCAGUUGGUAGAUUGUGCGCGUUUUUUUUUUUUAUACCAAAGCCAUUAUGAAGAUCGUCGAUACUAUUUUCAUAGGGAUUACCAUAGUAUGCCUUACCAGUGCUGAUGUCACUACUGGUCAAACAACCGUAGAUGUACUGAGGGGUAUUUAUUACAGAUGUUCAAAUGACGAAUCGAUGUUGUCUUGCUCCAAGCCCAAAAUUCUUAGGUAUCUAAGUGCCGCGGCUGAGCAAGACCGACUUCCAAUCACCCAGGAUCUCUCAAUCGUACGGUCACGAAGAAUGCCCGAGGAUAGUGACAUUGAAAAUUACUACGAGACUCAGAGUUCCGUCGACCCCAUAAGAAAAGAACAACUUCGCUCCUUAAUGUUGGAAAAGUUAGAUUCGUAUUUAUCAAGCCACAUUCUCGAAGCCAAACUUCCCGAAGAAAUUGUCAGCUCUGAUAUCGUACCCAGAUCAUUGAUUGAAUCUGUGCCAAAAACCAUCAGCAUUCCUCUCAGCGACUCCCCUAACGGAAAUGGACGAGGCUUCGUAAAGAAAGUCAUGAUUCCUUUCCUCCUCGGUCUGAAAUUCAAGGCCACAGCUCUGGUACCUUUAGCUUUGGCUCUGAUUGCUCUUAAGACAUGGAAAGCUCUCACUCUGGGUCUGCUGUCACUUGUUCUUAGUGGAGCGAUGCUUAUUUUUAAAUUGACAAAGCCAAAGGUUGCCUACGAGGUCUUGCAUUACGGACAUCCACCCGUGGAGCAUCCACCACAUUGGGACACCGCGCCACAUGGGCCGUACAGGGCCUAUAAAAAAUAACUGAAUAUAUCCACGAUGUUAUGAUUAAUUUAUUUAU